AUGGGUACUAGGGGAGGAGAUAUGAAUAACAUUCUAGAACAAGAAUAUGAAUGGAUCAUUAGACUACAAGCAGAUGCUACACUAGGUUUGAACAAUACUGAGCGAUUGGGAGCCGUUGCUUGCCUUCAACUGGUCAUUGAUCGGCUUAAAUUAGAUGAUCAUGUACUGGUUAUAGGAGGAGAUACCUUGUUCUAUGAAGACUUCAGCCUGUCAGAUAUAAUUACUCGAUUUAGGAAGCUGGAAGCAGCAAAUAAUGAGACAAAUUUAGUUCUGACUUACUUCUGUAAAGAUGAAGAAACUUCAAAAUAUGGUAUUCUGGAAGUUGACGAAAAUCAAAAGGUUACGUCCAUGCUGGAAAAACCAGCACCAAAUGAAACAGAGUCCCGGAAAGCAUGUCCCUGUUUUUACCUUCUGUCGAAGCAGUGCAUUCCACUUGUACGAGUAUUCCUGGAUGAAAAGAAGGAAGCACCUGUUGAGCAAAAGGACGCACCGGGGAUCUUUAUAUCCUGGCUUAUACGUAGGAAACCAGUUUAUGCCUACCAUGUAUCGGGUCGCUUCGAUGUGGGAACUCUGUUGACGUACAUAGAGUGUGACAGAUAUUUCCAGGAAAAGGCGAAUGCUUGGAGGGACUACCUUAAAUAGUAGUAUGCUAAAAUGAUGGGUGAUGAAUUGUACGUAAUGAAGGGAGUCACCAGUGAGAAGUUCAGACCUAGUUUUUACACACCACGUAAAGGAGUCUUUUCUGAUGAGAGCCUUGGCGUACAUCCUGCCUUUCCUAUGAGCUAUGCACAACACCAGCAUAACCUUACUGGUUGACCUUAGAGUACUUUAGGUCAUUUACAAGUUUUUUCAAAUGCAUUUGCUUUGACAGUCCAGAAUACAUCUUCAGGUGGCACACUGACAGAAUCAUGGCCUGAUUUUUUUUUUUAAAUAUCUUGACAAGAAUGAUAUUUCUUUUGGGGAAUAAAAGAAGUUGCAUUUUUUUACUGCA